AAGAUUUUACCGACUUAAAUUUCACAUUGCUAUUCACCAUAUAACGUUAUCGUAAAUUGUUAUCGGCAUUCACUGGGUGACUAACACACGCGCUUCUUCCAGUUCCCAAUUCAAACGAACGGCAUUUUAUUUUCAUACAGAACGCAGAAGGAAUCUAGGACUUUCAGUCUAUAAAAUCAUUGCUUGUUUGAUACUUUUUUAAAUCGAUAGAAACUCAUAAUAUAUAAUAUUAUAAUGUCACACAAUGUGUUACGUUCCAAAGAAAAUGCUAUGGCUAAGCCAGCGUUGGGCGCUUCAUCUGCAGUGGCUGCAAUUGCAAUGCAAAGGAAGCAAUUGUUGGCAAAGAAGUUGGCACUUGAAAAUGUGACCCCUGUGAAUCGAACCACAAGCAGCAGCAGCAAAAGUACCGUAGGCGCAGCCGCAACAGGACAACAAAAGCCACCACAGACACUGGCAGCGUCAUCAUCUGCAGCGACAACUUCAACAAAAGCUGACAGUGGCUUGGUCAAAUCUGAAAACCCCGGUCAGCCCCAAGCCAAUAGUACUAAUAAUGAAAAGACUGAACCAGCAAAUACCAAGCCAAAAAAAAUAUGGGCAUUGAGCAAUUUUGACAUUGGGCGGCAGCUGGGUCGUGGUAAAUUUGGCAACGUUUAUUUGGCACGCGAAAAAGAAUCACAAUUUGUGGUUGCCCUCAAAGUACUGUUCAAGCGUCAAAUUGGCGAAACAAAUGUGGAGCAUCAGGUGCGCCGCGAGAUUGAAAUUCAAUCGCAUCUCCGUCAUCCUCAUAUUUUACGUUUAUAUGCAUACUUCCAUGACGAUGCCCGAAUUUAUUUGAUUCUGGAGUAUGCCCCGCAAGGAACACUCUUCAGUGCACUGCAAGCACAGCCAUUGAAACGUUUCGAUGAUCGCCAGUCGGCCACUUAUAUCAAGGCUCUUUGCUCGGCUCUUUUGUAUUUACACGAACGCGAUAUUAUACAUCGAGAUAUUAAACCGGAGAAUCUGCUCUUAGGACAUAAAGGUGUGCUCAAAAUUGCAGAUUUUGGCUGGUCAGUUCACGAGCCGAACUCAAUGCGCAUGACACUUUGUGGUACUGUUGAUUAUUUGCCUCCAGAAAUGGUUCUUAACAAGCCACAUACCAAAAAGGUUGAUCUUUGGAGCUUGGGAGUACUAUGCUUCGAGUUGCUCGUUGGUCAAGCGCCUUUCUUUUCGAAAAACUAUGAGGAGACAUACAAGAAGAUACUCAAGGUGGAUUACAAAUUGCCGGAACAUGUUUCGAAAGCGGCGGUUCAUUUGAUAUCAAAGCUGUUGGUUUUAAAUCCCCAACAUCGUCUGCCUCUGGAUCAGGUUAUUUUACACCCAUGGAUCGCAACACACGCACAAUAAUUUAUAGCUAUUAAUGAAUUAAUUAAUCUGUUCGACUUUCAUUAUCAUUUGUGUGAAUUAUUUUGUUUAAUUUUCUUAUUAUAUUACUAUGCAUUUAAAUAUCCAUUACGUUAGAUAACACAAAAAUUUUUGUAAUAAACAUUCAUACAAUUUCGUUUUAUUAUGUUUCAAAUAAAAUUUCGGUGUUCUAGACACAAUUUUUGUUCGAUCAAAUAUUUUAUCUUACGAACUAACUCUAAACACUAGCGCAGAGCAUGGACUUAUUAUAUGCUACAUAUAAAUGAGUAUAAACACUAUUGUUUAAAGCAACGAAAAAAUGCAGCUUAGCAAGUUUUUUAUCACAGAAAACAAAGUAUAUACUUACAAACGUUAGUAAAAAUGAAUUUAGUGAGAGGUGAGCCUCUAUUUUCAAUUGCAAUUUGUAAAUAGUCAAAAGUCUCAAUGUAUGUCGAUAAUUACUAGCAUUAUUGAAUGAAAUAAAUAUUUAUUUGACAAGUGUAUGAAUAACUAAGUGAAUAAUUAUAGUAUGUAAGUAAAGAAGAGAAAGAUCUAAGAUUUUGUAAAUUAAUGAAA